UCAUUGAGCCCCUGAAAGACGUGAUCGCAACAUGGUCAAACUAAAGGGCCUACCUACUUGUCUUAUCCCCCCUUUUUAUGGGUUUAGCUUCCAAACUACAGCUCUUAUUCCCAAUCGCGGGGGAAUCGUAGAAUCCCGUGAUCACCAACUAACCAUUCAAGUUUUCCCGAUAGAUGAAUUGCGGGGAUUACCUAUUUUUGUUCUCCGCUGCAGGAACACGAAUAAAUACCGAACUAAGAUCGAUCUCUACCGCACGUAAUCCGUAUGCAUGUAGGGUGUGAGUACCAGGCCCCAAGAAGACCCACGACUAGAUACACCUUUUUGAAUCGUGUCCACAUAUUAUAUAAAUACAAAUAGCCAAGAUAUAAGGAGGGCAAAAAAAAGCCACUCAUUCAGAACAAAUUCAGUGAUAAGAAACACCUGAAUCGGAUGCAUCCGGAGGACAGCACCUGAGCACUUAUCAGAUCCUGCAGAUCAUAGGCUGAGACAGAGCACCAGAACCCGUGGCCCAUUCCAUUGGGUCUCCAAUAUUCCUGUGUUUCUAUAUUUGUGCUACGCAGCUAAAGCCGCCCCCGUACCGACGUAUCCGGGACCCCUUAGUAAACCAAACCCACAAUGCCCCGACCCGGGAAAACCCAGUCAGCAACUGCGACCGCUGCAGGUGCCACUAAUGAAAGUAAAUAUUCUUCCUCGACUACUUCCGCCUCCGUUCCUGUCCCCACUACUUCCUCCGCUACCGUCAGAGAGAGGAAACCUGCCGUUUCUGCCGCGGAGAAGAGAGGCGGCACUACUACUACUACCACCACCACCACCGCCUCUACCAAGCCCGAUAAUAGCAGCAGCAGCAGCAGCAGCAGCAGCAGCACCGACGGACCGGCAUCUUCGGAAGAAUCCACCGCUAUGCCGCCUUCCUGGACCGCGAGGAAUCGGUGGAUCGUAUUCGCGGUUGCUAGCGGCGCUUGCGCUGCUUUUAACGGCGUCUUUGCGAAAUUAACCACAAAUGAGCUUUCUACUCAUAUAGCCCGGAGUAUCUCGGGGCUAUUCGGAUUGACGCAUCUACAAGGCGUUGUCGAGGUCGUUGUGCGCGCUACUUUCUUCGGCCUUAAUCUAGCCUUCAAUGCAGUGAUGUGGACUCUCUUCACGCAGGCCCUCGCCAAGGGCAACUCCACAACGCAGGUCUCCAUCAUGAACACGUCCACCAACUUCGUCGUCACGGCCCUGCUCGGCCUCGCCAUCUUCUCCGAGUCGCUGCCGCCCCUGUGGUGGGUCGGCGCCGCGCUGCUCGUCGCCGGGAACGUCGUCAUCGGCCGGGGCGGCAAGCACGACGAAAGCCCCGAGACGGCGGCAGAUGCCGUGGAUGAUGAUGAUGAUGGCGGAGAAUACCGCGACUACGACGACGAUGAUGAUUAUGGUGAUGGUGGUUACAAUGAUAAUGAUUUCGACGUUGAAUCAGCAGCUGAACUAGGCCGUGCGACUGGUGUGGCCCCGCAAGUCGAGGGUGUCUUGCCCGUGGAGAAGGACGACGAGGAUGAAGAUUUUGCCCUUCUGGGCGACUUGAGUUGAGCUGAGCUAAGAUGAGCUUGGAUACCUACGUUCUAGAAUAGAGCGAUGACUUGGAUUAGAAGGGAUAGAAAGAGUGUAUAUCUGCUCUUGGAGAAACUGAUACCCAACAUCACAUACAGUCGACUGGAUAUACUAGGUAGUCUAUCACAAACAUCAUUACCAAUAA